UUUGACAGAGGAUUGGCAAUCAUCAAAAUUUUUGUGUUAAAAAUCUUGUUUUAUUUCACAAAAUUUUUAGAAAGAAUCCAAAUGAAUGGUUAAUAAUUGAAAUGAUUCAACGAACGAAGAGUUGAAGCAGCAGUAUGGACCACACUGCUGAAACUUAUAGAGUAAAGGUCCACCGAGACGAAUCAACUGUGCGAUGCCGAGCCAAGAAUUCCUCCUGCUGUAUGGACGGCUGCCCGAAGCCUAAGAAGAAAAAGGGCUCCAAAUGCAAGACCAAAAAGAACCCAUCGCUGGACACCAUCAAGAAAUCCUUGAGCGUUAACUGCUGUGCAUGUUGUUGUGUGUUAGCAGACUACAUAAAAGAAGCCUGCAAGCUUAUAUGCUCUUGUUUGAACGAAAAACCGACAGAGACCAGAAUCUGCGAGUUGUUCUCCCAAUUGUUGGAACUAUCCUGGUGUCUAGGUUCCGAUUGUUGUCACUUGAUCAAGCAUUUGUUCAGAUUUUUGUGCGUUUACAAGAAGUGAUUUGGUCUGUCAAACUUUUU